UCUGGGACCUCCGCAAGAGGAGAACUGAGUUUUCGUCUGUGCUUAGGCUAUUGAUUCUCCUCCGGUUAAACCUUUAUCCAUCAUUACCAGAAGGGUCAUAUCCAAAGAGGCUUUACUGUUUUUGUAUUCUGAAAUCAAACGAGGGACAACACAACUUCAUUUCCACAGCCUCAUUCAUGUUCUGCUGAACCAGAGAGAUAAAGAGAGUCAAAAUGAAGAUAAGGCUGUCUCUGGCAGCGGCUGCCUUCCUUGCAGUACUACUAUCCUCCGUCGAGGCCCAAGUUGAACCACCUUCAGACUUGAGAUUUAAGAUUUUAAAUGAGAACACAGUACAAAUGACAUGGAAAGCACCGUUAACACGGAUAGAGGGAUUCAGGAUACAGGUGGCCUCAGACACAGACAAACCGACAAAAGAUUUAACCCUCCCUGCCACAGCCACUAAGACAUCCAUCACAGACCUCACUCCAGACAUGGACUAUGUAGUAACAAUCAUCUCAUACUCUGGAUCAGAGCAAAGUUUGCCCACCUCAGGACAGCUCACAAUCCAAUCAAGUGGCACAGUGCAAGGAGGUCCCAGGAAACCACAGGUCACAGACUCCGUCAAGUGCUCUUUCAGUGCCAUCGCAGAUCUGGUGUUCCUGGUUGAUGGUUCAUGGAACGUUGGAAGAGACCACUUUAAAUACAUCCGUAGCUUCAUCUCUACCAUGGUGGGAGCCUUUGAGAUUGGGGAGGACAAGACCAGGGUAGGUGUGGUCCAGUACCAUACUGAUACCAGGACAGAGUUUAACCUCAACCAGCACAUGAAACGGGGCGAACUUCUCAGAGCCAUCAACACACUGCCUUACAUGGGUGGCAACACCAUGACAGGUGAGGCCAUGGACUAUCUGCUGAAAAACACAUUCACUGAGGCAAAUGGUGCCAGGAAAGGCUUUCCCAAGGUGGCCAUGAUUAUCACAGACGGGAUGUCUCAAGACCCUGUGGAAGCGAUCGCCAAGAAACUCAAGAACAUGGGGGUGGAGAUCUUCACAUUGGGGAUCAAAGGAGCAGAUGAGGAGGAGCUGAAACAAAUGGCUUCGACCCCCUACAGGACCCACGUCUAUAACGUCCUCAACUUUGACCUUAUCAAGGAUGUGCAGAAAGAGCUCAUUACCAAUGUGUGCUCGGGGGUGGAUGAUCAACUCAACUCGCUCGUCAGUGGAGAGGAAGUUAUUGAACCAGCAUCAAACCUCCAAGUAGUAGAGGUGGCCUCCAAGUCUAUGAGGGUGACAUGGGACGCUUCCUUUGGAGACGUGUCGGGUUACAAGAUCCAGCUGAUCCCCAUGAUGGCCGGCAGCAAGCGCCAGGAGCUAUACGUAAGCCCCAGCCAGACCUCAGCGACAGUUAUGGGCCUUUCUCCAGACACAGAGUACCAGAUCAACCUGUUUGCCCUCAAGGGCCUCAUGCCCAGCGAGCCCAUCAUGGCCAUGGAGAAGACUGAGCCAGUCAAGGUGUCCCUUGAAUGUUCUCUUGGAGUGGAUGUGCAAGCCGACGUUGUCAUUCUGGUCGACGGCUCAUACAGUAUCGGACUGUCCAACUUCGCUAAAGUCAGAUCUUUCCUGGAGGUGCUGGUGAACUCCUUUGACAUUGGACCAGACAAGAUUCAGAUCAGCUUGGUUCAGUACAGCAGGGACGCUCACACUGAGUUCUACCUGAACACCCACCGCGACCUGAGCGCUGUGGUCAAGGCGGUCCGGACUUUCCCCUACCGCGGCGGCUCCACCAACACCGGCCGGGCCAUGACCUACGUCAGGGAGAAGGUCUUCUUAGCUAACCGAGGAUCACGGCCGAACGUGCCCCGCGUCACCAUCCUCAUCACAGACGGGAAGUCAUCCGACUCCUUCAAGGACCCGGCCACCAAGCUAAAGAAAGCGGACGUGGAGAUCUUUGCCGUGGGCGUGAAGGAUGCCGUGAGGUCUGAGCUGGAAGCAAUUGCUAACGAGCCCGUGGAGACCCAUGUGUACACCGUGGAGGACUUUGAUGCUUUCCAGAGGAUCUCCAAGGAGCUCACCCAGUCCAUCUGCCUGAGGAUCGAGCAGGAGCUCCUCAACAUCAAGAAGAGAAGCUUACUGCCACCGAGGUCAUUAACGUUCUCUGAGGUGGCUGCCAGGAGCUUCAGAGCUACCUGGGAGAACGAUGACCUCAACGUCCUGUCCUACCUGAUCCAGUUCAGACCGGCUGCUGACACCAACGGGGACUUUGUGUCCAUGUCCGUGCCAGGGGACACGUUCACCGCUCUGCUGCCUCACCUCACGCCCGUCACCCUCUACGAGGUCAGCGUCUUCGCCCAGUACGCCCAAGGAGCCAGCUUCCCUCUGAAUGGAUUCGAGACCACACUAGAUGAACAAGGACCAGUGCGUAACCUGAGGGUUUCCGAGGAAACGACAGAGAGUUUCCGGGUGUCGUGGGCGGCGGCACCAGGAGCGGUGGUACGGUACCGUCUGACCUAUGUACCAGUCAGGGGCGACAGCGCGAGACUAGAGAAGGCCACCGUCGGCCAAGAGACCACCAUCGUGUUGCCAGAGCUCAACCCCUUAACGACGUACCGUGUGACGGUGGCUGCAGAGUACCAGUCAGGCACUGGCGGAGAGAGGCAGAUCGAUGGCACCACCAAAGAAGGGCAGGGAUCUCCACGUGACCUGCGGGUCUUCGACGAGACUAUUUCCACCAUGAAGCUGUCGUGGGCGGCGGCACCGGGCCGCGUCCUCCAGUACCGCAUCAAUUUCCAUCCGUCGGCAGGUGGCGAGUGGAAGGAGGUGUCAGUGAAGGGAGAGAACACCAACGCCCUCCUGAAGAACCUGCAGCCUGGCACUGAGUACGACCUGGCCGUCAGCGCACGCUACUCCUCUGGCCUAGGAGACCCUCUGAAAGGGAAAGGAACCACACUGGAAGAGCUGGGCUCCCCCAAGGACCUUGUCACCAGCGACGUGACGGACACCAGCUUCGCUGCGUCUUGGACGGCUGCCCUUGGGAACGUGAAGAUGUACAGAAUCCGCUGGAAGUCCAUGUACAGUGAUGAGUCAGGGGAGAAGACGGUCCCUGGAGACGUCACCAACACCGUGCUGGAGGGCCUUAUCCCUGAGACCCUCUACCAGGUGUCUGUUGUGGCCGCCUAUGGCAGAGGAGACGGAGGCCCGCUGACUGGACAGGAGACCACUGAUGUGUCUGCUUCUGCUAAGGCGCUUAAUGUGUCCGAUGAGACCGAGCGAAGCAUGAAGGUAACGUGGAUGGCCGCGCCGGGUAAAGUCAUCAACUACCGGGUGACCUAUGUGCCCACUGCUGGGGGCAAAGAGAUGGUCGCUAAGGUUCCCGGCACCUCCACCUCCACCGUGCUGAAGCGCCUGACGCCCAUGACCACCUAUGGCAUCACGGUGCACCCCAUCUACAAGCGGGGAGAAGGAAAAGCAAGGCAAGGAGUAGGAACGACACUGUCACCUUACAAAGCUCCCAGAAACCUACAGACCUCAGAGCCCGGCAAGAACAGUUUCAGAGUCUCCUGGGACCCAGCUCCUGGAGAUGUGCGUGGCUACAAGGUCACCUUCCACCCCAGUGGUGAUGAUAUCAACCUGGGAGAGCUGCUGGUUGGGCCCUAUGACAACACGGUGGUGCUAGAGGAGCUCAGGGCCGGAACAAAGUACUCUGUGACUGUGUUUGGAAUGUUUGAUGGAGGCCACUCUGCAGCACUGGCUGGAGAGGAGAAGACUACCCUCUCCGACGCACCCGAAGUGCCAUUGGAACCUUGGAACGAAGCCAAGUGUAAAAGCCAGGCCAAGGCUGACAUCAUCCUACUGGUCGAUGGCUCAUGGAGUAUUGGCCGUCUCAACUUCAAAACCAUCCGUGCCUUCAUCGCUCGCAUUGUUGGUGUAUUUGACAUCGGCCCUGAGAGAGUCAUGAUCGGUAUGGUUCAGUACAGUGGAGACCCCAAGACUGAGUGGCAUCUGAAUGCCCACCCAACCCGUGACGGGCUGCUCAAAGCUGUGGCUGACCUGCCAUACAAAGGGGGAAACACCAUGACAGGUAUGGCCUUGAACUACAUCCUCCAGAACAACUUCAAGCCCAACGUGGGAUUGCGUAAAGACUCGCGCAAGAUCGGUGUGCUCAUCACUGACGGCAAGUCGCAGGAUGAAAUUAUCACCAACUCCCAGGUGCUGAGGGAUGAGAACAUCGAGCUCUACGCCAUCGGUGUGAAGAAUGCUGAUGAGAAUGAGUUGAGGUCCAUUGCCUCAGACCCGGAUGAGAUUCACAUGUACAACGUGAAUGAUUUCUCCUUUCUGCUGGAUAUAGUGGAUGAGCUCACCAUCAACCUCUGUAACAGUGUGAAGGGUCCAGGAGGAGGCCUGGAGCCGCCCACUAACCUGGUGACCUCCGAGGUGACCCACCACUCAUUCCGUGCCACCUGGACGGCGCCCGAAGGUCCCGUGGAAAAGUACCGCAUCGACUACAUGCCCGUGGUGGGAGGAAUCACUGAACAGAUGAUUGUCGAUGGGACGGUCACCACCGUGGUCCUGACCAAGCUGACCCCUCUGACCGAGUACGUGGUCAACGUCUUCUCUGUGACCGGAGAGGAGACCAGCGCAGAGCCGCUGAAGGGCACUGAAACCACCUUGCCACUGCCCGGGGUGAUAAAGUUGACUGUGUACGAUGAGACCAUGACCACCUUUAGGGUGAAGUGGGAGAAGGCUGAAGGGGCGACAGGCUACAUGCUGUUCUACAGAGCCAUCAAUGCCACUGUGCCCACUGUGGAGAAAGAGAUACGAGUUGGGGCAGAUGUGAAUGAUGUUCAGCUGGAGGAGCUUAUCACCAACACAGCGUAUACACUCUCCCUGUUUGCCCUGCAUAGAGAGGCUGCCAGCGACCCCCUCGUGGACCAAGGAGUCACAUUACCCUUGCCACCAUCGGGUGAGCUGCGGAUCACUGCUGUCACCCAUAGCACCAUGAAGCUCAGAUGGGACGCCUCCCCGGGAAAAGUCCUCAAGUACAUCAUCACUUACAAGCCAGAUGACGGAGAGCUCAAAGAGGUUGAAGUCAAUGGCGAUAUAACAUCCCUGCCUCUUGCCAACCUCAUCUCUCAAUCUGAGUACGAUGUUGCUGUCACCCCAGUUUACGACGCAGGUGUUGGAAACCCAAUGCUUGGACAAGCCAUUACAGAUGUUGUUCCUGCCCCGCAGAACCUGAAGUUGUCCGAGGUGACCCAGACCUCAUUCAGGGCCACAUGGGAACACGGGGCCCCAGACGUGGCCCUCUACCGAAUCGGCUGGACCAAGAAGGGAGAGAACAACUUCCAAUAUGCUAUCCUGAACAGUGAUGAAACGUCACAUAAUCUGGAGAACCUGGACCCGGACACCCUGUAUGAUGUCACCGUCACGGCCAUCUACCCAGACGAGUCAGAGAGCGAGGACCUGAUUGGCAGCCAGCGCACAUUGUUAAAGAUGACUACACCUGCUCCAACUGGACCUCCGCAGAACUUGCAGGUGUUCAAUGCGACCACGGUCACUCUGACAGUGAAGUGGGACCAUGCCCCAGGCCCCGUCCAGAACUACAAGAUCUCUUUCCAACCUGUGGCUGGAGGCAAAGCUCUCUCUACCCAGGUGGGAGGAAAGAAGAACAGUGUAAUCCUCCAGAAGCUGAUACCUGACACUCCCUACUCUGUCACCGUGGCAGCUAUCUACCCCAGCGGAGAGGCCAAAGACAUCUCAGGCCAAGGAAAGACCAAGCCUCUUGGUGGAGUGAAGAACCUGCAGGUGACCAACCCCACUAUGACCACCCUGAAUGUGAAAUGGGAGGCGGCCGACGGGAAAGUGAAAGAAUACAAAGUCAUCUAUGUACCUGCUGCCGGUGGAGAUGAGAGCAUGGAGACUGUAGCUGCCACUGCCACCACCACUGUUCUGAAAGGCCUCCUUCCAGACACCCUCUACACCGUCUCACUGGUGCCUGUCUACGAAGUGAGAGAUGGACAGAAACAGUCUGAAAACGGAAAGACAAAGCCUCUUGAUGGAGUGAAGAACCUGCAGGUAACCAACCCCACCAUGGUCACACUGAAUGUGAAAUGGGAGGCGGCCGAGGGGAAAGUGAAAGAGUACAAAGUCAUCUAUGUGCCUGCUGCCGGUGGAGCUGAGAGCAUGGAGACUGUGGCUGGGACCAACACCGUUCUGAAGGGCCUCACACCAGACACCAUCUACACCGUUUCAGUGGUGCCUGUCUACAACGUGGGAGACGGCAAGAAAAUGUCUGAGAACGGAAAGACAAGGCCUCUUGGUGGAGUGAAGAACCUGCAGGUGAUCAACCCCACCAUGACCACCCUGAACGUGCGCUGGGAGCCAGCCGACGGGAAAGUCAAAGAGUACAAAGUCUUCUAUGUACCUGCUGCCGGUGGAGCUGCUGAGGCAAUGGAAACUGUAGCUGCCACUGCCACCAGUACUGUCUUGAGAGGCCUCCUGACAGACACCCUCUACACUGUCUCACUGGUGCCUGUCUUCGCAGAGACAGAGGGCAGGAGGCAGUCUGAGAACGGAAAGACAAGACCGUUGGGUGGAGUGAAAAACCUGAAGGUGACUGAACCCACCAUGACUUCUCUGAAGGUGGACUGGGACCCAGCGGACGGAGCUGUGCGUCAGUACAAGAUCUUCUUUGCCCCUGUGGCUGGAGGAACACCAGAGGAAAUGGAGCAAGUACCUGGAAGCACCACCACCAUCGUUCUGAGGAACCUCAAGCCUGACACACCUUACACAAUAUCAGUGCUACCUAUCUACCCCGUCAGAGAGGGGAAACGGCAGGCUGAGAAUGGAAAGACACUGCCUUUGGGUGGAGUGACCAAUCUGCAGGUCACCAACCCUACCCACACCACCCUCACCGCCAGCUGGGACGCGGCCGACGGCAACGUGCAGGGCUACAAAAUAAUCUACACUCCCGUCGCAGGAGGCCUUGAGAUCAUUGAGCAAGUCUCAGAGAGCACAACCACCACAGUUCUGAAGAGCCUCUCACCUAACACACAAUACACAGUCACUGUGCUGCCAGUGUACCCCGAGGGAGAUGGUCAGACCCAGGCCAAGGAUGGAACAACAAAGCCCCUGGGCUUCGUGAAGAACCUGCAGGUCAUUGAACCCACCACCAGCACCCUGAACGUGCGCUGGGACGCAGCUGAGGGGAAUGUGCGCGAGUACAUCGUUGUCUACAUCCCAACUGCAGGCGGGGAGCAGGACGUGGACCAGGUGUCUGGAACAACGACCACCACUGUUCUGAAGGAACUGAAUCCAGAUACGGAAUACACUGUGACAGUGGUGCCUGUCUACCAUGAGAUGGAGGGUCUCUCUAGGUCUCAGAAUGGAAAGACAAACCCUUUGGGGGGAGUGAAGAACUUGAAGGUCAUCGACCCCACCAUCAACAGUCUGUCUGUUCGCUGGGACCCGGCUGUCGGUAACGUGCGCAACUACAAGGUCUUCUAUGUGGCCCAGCCAGAUGGGAAGGAGCAAAUGGAGCAAGUCUCAGGGGGCACCACCAACCUUAUCCUGCGUAACCUGGAGUCUGAUACCCAAUACAAUGUGUCUGUUGUCCCAGUCUACCCAGAUGUGGAGGGCAUACUGCAGUCUGAGAUGGGAAAGACAAAGCCUUUGGGUGGAGUGAAGAACCUGCAGGUGACUGACCCGACAACCAACUCCCUGAGGGUACGCUGGGAGCCAGCUGAGGGGGAUGUGCGCCAGUACACUGUCAUCUACGCCCCGCUAGCAGGAGGACCUGAACUCAAGACUACGGUUUCUGGGAUGUCAACCAACACCGUUCUGCGGAAUCUUGUGCCAGACACAUUGUACAAGGUGACAUUGGUGCCUAUGUACGGCGAUAUUGAAGGGAAGAGAAAUUCUGAAAAUGGAAAGACAAAGGCGUUGGGCGGGGUGAAGAACCUGCAGGUCACCGACCCCUCUACUAGCUCCCUCAAGGUGCGCUGGGAGCCAGCGGAGGGCAACGUGCGCCAGUACCGCCUCUUCUACGUCCCUGCCUCUGGCGGAGCCGAGGACAUGGAGCAAGUGUCUGGUGGCACCACCAAUACCAUCCUGAGGAACCUUCUCUCAGACACGCCGUACACCGUCACCGUGGUCCCCGUCUACCCCGAGGGAGAGGGCCUGCGCCAGUCAGAGACUGGAAAGACACUUCCACGAACCCCCCCUAAGAACAUCCAGGUCUACAACCCCACCACCAACAGCCUGAACGUGCGCUGGGAGCCCGCCUCUGGCCAGGUGCAGCAGUACCGCAUCGUCUAUGCACCUCUGUCUGGAGACAGACCCGCUGAGACAGUCCUGGUCCCGGGAAACAUCAACAACGCGUUCCUGGAUUCGCUCAUUCCCGACACGCCGUACUCGAUCAGCGUCCUGGCUCUGUAUGCGGACGGGGAGAGCCCACCAGUGAAGGGAGACGGCAAAACAUUACCCCGUGUUGGACCUAGGAACCUGCGGGUGUUUGAUGCCACCACCAAUACUCUUACCAUCGUCUGGGACCACGCGGAGGGCCUGGUGCAGCAAUACAAGAUCGCCUACGCCCCCACCACAGGAGACCCCAUCACUGAGUUUACAGUUGUUCCUGGCAACAGAAACAAUGCCAUCCUGCAGAACCUGCUUCCUGACACUCCCUACAGCAUUACUGUGGAAGCCAUCUAUGCUGAUGGAGCAGGGCCAUCUCUGAACGGGCCCGGACGCACAGUCGGCCUGCUGGAGCCCUUGAGUCUGCGCAUCUCGGACGAGUGGUACACCCGCUUCCGUGUGGCCUGGGACCCCUCGCCGUCUCCGGUGCUCGGAUACAAGCUGGUCUACACUCCUGCGGAAGAAGAUCAGAGUAAGAGCUUGGAUGUGUUCGUGGGUGACGUGACCUCAUACACCCUCCAGAACCUGCUCCCUGGCACCACCUACGAUGUCAAAGUGUUUUCCCAGUAUGGCGCUGGCAUGAGUGGGGCCCUCGAAGGACAGGGAACAACACUCUACCUGAACGUCACCAACAUCGAGACCUACAAUGUUGGCUUCGACAAGUUCUGCAUCAAGUGGAGUCCUCACAGGGCUGCCACUUCCUACAGGAUCAAGCUCAACCCUCUGGACCCCUCCAGUAAAGGUCAGCAGGAGAUCACCAUCACUGCAGCUCAGAGCCAGUACUGCUUCGAGGGUCUCUCCCCGGACGCUCUCUACAGUGCCACCGUGUUUGUUCAGACCCCUAACCUGGAGGGCCCCGGAGUCAGCACCAAGGAGAGAACCCUGGUCAAGCCUACUGAAGCGCCAACACUACCCCCCACUCCUCCACCACCUCCUACCAUCCCCCCUGCAUGGGCAGUGUGCAAAGGUGCCAAGGCAGAUGUGGUGUUCCUUAUCGACGGCUCGUGGAGUAUCGGAGAACAGAGCUUCCGGAAAGUGGUGCAGUUCGUCUUCAGCAUGAUUGGAGCCUUCGACGUCAUCGGAUCGACGGGAAUGCAGGUGUCGUUCGUUCAGUACAGCGACGAAGCAAAGACAGAGUUCAGGCUGAACACUUACUCGGACAAGGGCAGCGCUCUCGCUGCUCUACAACUCAUUCAGUACAGAGGAGGAAACACUAAGACCGGUGUUGCUCUGAAGCAUGUCAAGGAGAAGGUAUUCACGUCCGAAAAUGGAAUGAGGAGGAAUGUCCCCAAGGUCGUGGUAGCUGUCACAGACGGUCGUUCUCAGGAUGAAGUUAAGAGAAACGCUGCCGCACUGCAGCAUGCUGGUUACAGUGUGUUUGUGGUUGGUGUUGCCGAUGUGGAUUAUGCUGAGCUGCAGAACAUUGGUAGCAAGCCAAGUGACAGACACAUCUUCAUUGUGGACGACUUUGAUGCUUUUGCAACUAUCCAAGACAACCUUGUGACCUUCAUUUGCGAAACAGCAACAUCAUCUUGUCCCCUGAUCUACCUGAAUGGAUUCACAUCACCUGGUUUCAGAAUGCUGGAGGCGUUCAACCUGACAGAGAAGACCUAUGGCUAUAUCAAGGGAGUGUCUAUGGAACCUGGCUCCUUCAACAGCUACACAGCCUACAGACUCCAUAAGAACUCCUUCCUGACCCAGCCCACCACAGAGAUCCACCCUGACGGACUACCUCACUCCUAUACCAUCAUCAUGAUGUUCCGUCUCCUCCCGGACACGCCCACCGAGGCCUUCGACAUCUGGCAGGUGUCCACCAAGGACGACAAGCCUGAAGUCGGGGUCACCAUCGAUCCUUCUAGCCAAACUAUAUCGUAUUAUAACAAGGAUACGAGGGGGGAGAUCCAGAGGGUCACAUUCGACAAUGAUCAAGUGAAGAGAAUCUUCCAUGGAAGCUUCCACAAGCUCCACAUCCUUGUUUCCCCCACCAAAGUCAAGCUGAACCUCGACUGCCAAGAAGUGGCGGACAAGGAGAUUAAGGAGGCUGGAAAAACAUCCACGGAUGGCUAUCAAGUUCUAGGCAAAAUGUCCAAGUCCAUCGGCUCCAAAGGGAAAACUGCAACUUUCCAGCUCCAGAUGUUCGAUAUUGUGUGCAACCUGGGCUGGACAAGCAGAGACAGAUGCUGUGACCUUCCAUCUAUGAGAGAGGAGUCCAAGUGCCCGUCCCUCCCCAAAGCCUGCACAUGCACCUCAGAGAGCACAGGACCCCAGGGACCACAGGGGGCAGUGGGCGCACCCGGUAGCAAAGGUCCCCGGGGUGAAAGAGGGGAGACUGGCCCGGCUGGUCCAAUUGGACCGCGUGGAGAUACAGGAUUGCCAGGACCUAUGGGUCUGCCCGGGCCUCAAGGACCUAGCGGGCUGUCUAUUCCAGGAGAAGCCGGCCGCCAAGGACCGAAAGGCGAAGCUGGUGAUUCUGGGCUACCUGGACAGAAAGGUCCACCUGGGGUAGCUGGGACCAUCGGCCCAAUUGGACCUGCUGGACCUAGGGGUCCCCAAGGAAAGGAGGGACAGGCCGGAUCCAGAGGCCCAACAGGACCAAUGGGACCUCCCGGAUCUCCUGGAAUGCCUGGGGCUUCAGGAAAACCAGGAAAGUCUGGUGACAAAGGUGUUUCGGGAGCCAAUGGUAUGAAAGGGGACAGAGGAGAGAGAGGCGACUUUGCUCCUCAGAACAUGAUGCGAUCCAUUGCCAGACAAGUGUGUGAGCAGAUAGUUAACGGACAAAUGAGUAGAGUAAAUUCGAUGCUGAACCAGAUUCCCAGCGGUUACCGUAGCAGCAACAACCCAGGUCCCACCGGACCCCCAGGGCCCAGCGGUAACCAGGGUCCCCGUGGAGAGCCCGGACAGACAGGCAGGAAUGGAUUCCCAGGAAGUCCUGGACAACCUGGCCCGCAAGGAGAGAGAGGCCCUCCAGGAGAGAAAGGUGAUCAGGGAACACCAGGAGUGGGACAGAGAGGACAAAGAGGACCACCUGGCCCAGCAGGCGAGACACGGACCGGCCCUCCAGGCCCUGCAGGCUCCACCGGGCCCCGCGGUCCUCCUGGGCGCCAAGGUUUUGCAGGUAUUAGGGGCCAACCUGGCACUCCUGGCUACUGUGACUCCUCCCAGUGUGUCGGCAUUCCUUACAAUGGACAAGGAUACCGAGGUUCACCAUAGUAAACUUUCUAAAUCGCCUGUGCUGCUUUCACUUUGAAUUCCUCUUACUGAGAUACUUGCUCACGUGCUCUAGAGCUCUAGAGCUGUUUGAGGAUAACCACCAAAGGAUAAUAUUAACAAACUAUGUUGAGAAAGACAAGAAGAAGGAGGACUGGUACUAACAACAUUGUAGAGCAACUAGAACAAACAAGCAUCGGUGAUGGUAACAACGUAGUGGUCUGUUUGCAUCUUGAAGCCAAAGAACGAACAGAGAAAGACCUUCUAUCGGGUGGAGGACCAUAUACAAAUAAACAAACAAAAACAAACAGAAACACUAACCAGGUUGGAUUUUGUAGCAGAGAGAAACAACAACUUCAGCAACAUUAAUAUUGUUACUCUUGAGGUGUUAUCUGUAAAUAAACUAAUGGUGCCUCGUAAAUGAUGUUUGAAACACAUCCACUAAAUUUAGUUUUAACAUCUGUAGUUACACUUUUGCCUUGUAACCUGCUGCUUGCUGAAUGCCAACAUGAAUGCCUCUUUUUCUACCACGUCCCCACAAGUGAUGUUUCUUUAGCCUACACACACACAGACUGCUCAGGGCCAUAUCGUACCAUGUCCCCCUGAGGGUAGUCUUUCUCUUUAUGUACACAGUAGGAGCAUUCUAAGAAUCGUCAUUCAUACAUUUUUCUGUUUCCCAUUUCUUUAUUUUGAUGUAGUAUUAAUGGAUAUUCUACCACUACCAGCUGGUUACCUCUGUUAUGUUCUGAGGAAUAACAUCACACAACGUAUGAAUAGGCUGGUGCUAGAGUUACUAGAUUUUUAAUAUUUUGUGCGAUAUUUUGUAAAUGAAUGAGUUGCAGCAAAUGGCAAUGAUGAUUCUGUUAAAUGAUUUAACCCACCUACCACCACUCAAACUGUACUAACAUUGAAAUGCUAACAUCACACAGAUUUAGAAGAUGCACUAAAUUGUUUACAUUUUACAUUUGACAUUUACAAACCCUUUCUAUCAGUGCCCUUGAAAAUCACAACCUAUCUGUAUAUGGCCAUGUCCACUCAAUUGUGUCAUUUCACCAGUAUACUGCAUGUCCAAGCCUGAAAAUAAAAUAUAACACAACAAUUCAUUUUGUGCAUGUUGAGACAUACUCUUCAAAUUAAACUAAUGUUCAAUCGGCAUAAAACACUAUUUCCAACCAGAGCCAUAUUCACCUGAGCCUGAAACCUACGUAGUCCCAAUACCUGGAGAAGAAGAUGACUCACAAAAUGAGCGUUGAAAGAGGUCACUAUCAA